CGGAGCCGGACCUGGGAUUUAUUUACUGAGCUGGAUUUGCAUGCUACACCAUGCCUUCUCGGAUCGGAGCUCUGCUUUUCUCUUUCACCGGGCUGCUGAUAUCACUUUCAGUCGAGGCGGAUGUUAAAGCUCGGAGCUGCAGUGAGGUCAGACAAGCUUACAGUGCCAAAGGAUUCAGCCUGGUCAAUAUACCCUACCAGGAAAUAGCAGGGGAACACUUAAGAAUCUGCCCUCAGGAAUACACAUGCUGCACCACAGAAAUGGAAGACAAAUUGAGCCAACAAAGCAAACUGGAGUUUGAAAAUCUUGUGGAAGAGACAAGCCAUUUUGUGCGUACCACCUUUGUGUCAAGGCACAAGAAAUUUGAUGGUAGGUGA